AACCGGUUAAUACUAUAAAUCAGACUAGCUUGCUUCCUUAAUAUCUCACUUAGAAAUCAUCGAGAAAGAGAAAGAAAUAGAAAUAGAAAUGGUUAAAGCACGUACGGUGGGUGUGGGAAUGGAUUACUCUCCAACGAGCAAAUCGGCUCUUCGGUGGACGGCUGAGAAUCUCCUUGACGAUGGAGACACCAUCAUUUUGAUUCAUGUUCAACCCCAAAACGCUGAGCACACCCGCAAAAUCCUCUUUGAGGAAACCGGUUCACCUUUGAUUCCCCUGGAAGAAUUUAGAGAGGUUAAUUUCUCUAAACAGUAUGGACUUGCUUAUGAUCCGGAAGUUCUUGAUGUUCUUGAUACUCUCUCUAGGGCAAAGAAGGUGAAGGUGGUGGCAAAAGUGUAUUGGGGAGAUCCAAGGGAGAAACUUUGCGAUGCCGUCGAAAAUCUAAAACUCGAUUCUAUUGUUCUUGGCAGUCGAGGCUUGGGUCCUCUCAAAAGGAUGUUGCUGGGUAGUGUGAGCAAUCAUGUGGUGACAAAUGCAACAUGUCCAGUCACGGUUGUUAAAGCCAAUUAAGUCGAUUGUUUUUAAAAAUUUGGAGUAUACGUUUCGACUUGUAUGUUGUAUUCAUACAUUAGUCUUUCAAUAAACUAAAGUAAAAUGAAAUCUGUAGUUAUCAGUUAUCACUUUUGUUUGUAUGUAAAAAAAACAUGAAAAACAGCACA